ACAGGCAGGUUAGCCUCAUGCAGUGCACCGCUCGGCCGACGAGGGUUCUGUCAGAGAGCUGCCAGCCCGGCCGGAACGUCAGUGUGGCGUCGGCUGGCGGGCUGCGAGCAGCGCCGGGCCGCUGCCUGGGUCGGUGUGGAUCGGUGGAACGGUGCUGCGUUGAAGCCGAAAGGGGAGGUUAACUGACCGGUGAACGCCACGGCUGAGUCGAACAACAAACGCCACUGUGAGGACAAUAGUUUGACCGCGCCCCAAGUCAAGAACAGGAUCAGCGGCAAAGAAAAUGUCGAGCAAUUCCAAGCCGGAGAUGAACGGAGUGGCUGCGUCCCCCGGAGCCGGGGCCGCUGCCGAGGAGGGCCCCUAUACCGUUGACAAGGCAGCCCUGCGAAAACGGCUCACCCCACUUCAGUACCAGGUCACACAGGAGAAGGGCACAGAACGGGCCUUUACGGGCCGGUUCAACAAGCACCGCGAGCCGGGACUGUACCGGUGCCUGGUCUGCGGACAGGCCAUCUUCAGCUCGGCUACCAAAUACGACUCCGGCUCCGGAUGGCCCAGCUUCUAUGACGUCAUCGACGCCAAACGAGUGAAACUCAAGUCAGACCUGUCUCACGUUGGCGGCAACAUCCUCCUUUUGAUUGCCAACCCAGGCAUGGAGCGGACGGAGGUGAGCUGCGCGCGCUGCUCAGCCCACCUGGGACACGUCUUCAAAGACGGCCCCAAACCCACCGGCAAGCGCUACUGUGUCAACUCAGAGUCACUCCAAUUCGAGCGAGACGACUCAAUCGACGUGCCCGACGGUCCCCUGGAGUUCUUCCGCGGCUCGUGCGCUGGUGGCUCGUGCUCGGCGCGUGCCGCCCUCCGUCCCACGCCACCCCGACCGGCCGGCGCCGGUGCUGCCAUCUCGCGGGUAGUUGAUAAGUAUAACCGCCUGGAGGGUGGCGCUAGUGGUCCCUCAGCGCAGCCCGGGACCAAAACGCUGCCCGAGAAGGCGAUAACGGGACAGAUUCAGGGGGGUCAGGUGCUGAAUGGACGCGCGUGAGAGACUGAGCUGUGUGGAGAGGGGGGAUGAGAGUGUAUCUGUGUGCGUGGCCACUGAUUAUUUGUGCUUAGGAGCGCCCGAUGUCAGGACGCCCUACCGCUGCGAGUCUAUCGCGUGUACUUGCGAGCGUGACGCCACGACAAUGUGAAGCCGUAACGCACCAUCGCCGUAUUUAUGCUUUUGUGUCCCAGCUGUGACUAACGUGAUGCGAGCGAACGUGGUAUCUUGCCAGCAGGGCUUCAAUAUUUUGUGAAUAUACGUGUUUUCAGUAAUACGAUCCA